AUGUCUCUUUUUCUUCUUCUUCGUCGCAGGUUCGGUGGGACAAAUGGCUUCCAGUGGUUCAACGACGUUUGGUGCUACGACCCCGCGACCAACAGCUGGACACAGCAAGAUUGUAUAGGAUACAUUCCAGUGCAGCGUGAGGGCCAUGCUGCCGCCUUGGUCGACGAUGUCAUGUACAUUUUUGGUGGCCGCACAGAGGAGGGUGCCGAUCUUGGCGAUUUGGCCGCCUUCCGGAUUACGUCGCGCCGUUGGUACACCUUCCAAAAUAUGGGCCCGUCGCCAUCACCGCGAUCAGGCCACAGCAUGACCUCGGUAGGCAAAUCCAUCGUCGUGCUGGGUGGCGAGCCCAGCUCCGCAACUACUACCGUCAACGACCUGGCCCUUGUCUACAUGCUUGACACAAACAAAAUCCGCUACCCGAACGAUGCGCAACUCGCUGCCGGUCAAAAGAACACGACACAACAAGGCACGAGACGUCCCAGCGAUGCGGCACGACAGGUUGCAUCACGGGAUGGCUCCCAGGGCCCGCGCGAUGAUCGGAAGCGGAGCAUGGUCCCCGGCACCGUCAACAGCCCCACCAACGGAUUCCGCUCGCCCAAUGGCAACGACGUCAACGCACCCUCGCCCGUCAAUGGUGGUUCCCGACUUCCACGCGCUGCAGGCCCAUCACCACCAGCAGGGCCCCCGCCACAAGGCCAACCGCCUAAGCCAUCACAAGCUGCGCGUGAUCGGAAUGCCCCGUCCGACCGUGGCGGUGAAUUCGCCAGCUCCCCAGUUCUCAACAACGCGACCAAAAACCAAUCACCCGUCUCACGCGACCCUCCCAAGGAGAUCGACAGUCCCACUGGUCUUGGUAGUGGUGCUCGCCAAGGGCCAGGCCCAGCCGCACAGCUGGGGCCUCGGGGUCCCCCUCCCAGGUCCGAUCCGCCAGCCGCUCCCUCAGCGGCUCCCCCAUCAACCGCGCCUGGCGCAUCCGAGGCUGCGGCAACUGUAGUCGCGGCUGCGGCUGGUGCGGCAGCAGCUUCUGCUGUGGCUAAUGGCCCUCCAGCAACCCCAAGAUCGAAGCAACCGCGCCAACGCGGCCCGGGCUCCAUUGAUGCCACGGCAGAAAGAGCAGGCCCCGGCCCAGGCGGUCGCCCGACAUCACCGCCGCCUCCGACCGGUACAAGACAACCAAGCGGCAACCUCCUUGCGAGACGGUCAUCUGGACGUAACUCGCAGACAGUGUCCCUUCUCAAAGAACUCGACUCUGCCAGGAACCGGAAUGCGUGGUAUGCGUCCGAGCUGGAGCUGGCUCGCAAGUCCGGCUACACACCCAAUGCGACACUCAGCCCUGUCCUGGACAGCCGCAGCGCGGAGACGUUCACUGAAGACGACCGGCCACUCAUCGAGGCUCUGCUUGCGAUGCGGGCCGAGCUGGCAAACGUCCAAAGCUCCGUCGACAAGCAGGCGGUUCUUGCCGCGAAACAAAUUGCGGAAGCCGAAAAGCAGCGCGAUGCUGCCAUCCAGGAGGCCGUGUACGCCAAAGCCAAGCUGGCCGCACACUUUGGCAAUAACAGCGCCAACAGCACCCCCCAGCUCGGCGGCGACCGUGACGCGGACAUCCGCGUCGAAGAGUCGAACCGCAAGCUUGCCACAGCACUUGGCCAGCAAAAGGAUCUCCAGUCGCAGCUCGAGCGCUUAACUGUCGAAGUCGACGCCGAGAAGCGUGCCCGACAACUCGCUGACGACACACUGAACGCUGCGCAACGGCGCAUGACAGAUCUCGAGACAUACAAGCAGCAGACCUCCUAUGAGCUGGAACGCCUCAAGGCCGAGCUCCACAACGCCCAGCGCGAGGCUCGCGAGCACUCCGUUGCGGCGGCCGAGGCUGUGUCGACGGCCCAGCUCCUGCGUGUCGACAAGGAAAGCUUUGAGCGCCAGUACAACGAUGCCGUAGGCUCCGCCAAGGAUACCGGCGACUCGUUCGCGUCUCUCCGUGCCGCUCUGGCUGCGUCCGACGAGAUACGGUCACACUUGGAGGAGACGCUCCAGCAGGAGCGAGGUCAGCGAGAGACGGUUGAGUCGAAGCUGGCCAGCAUCAAAGCUGAGCUUGAGGCCCGUACCGCUGAAGCCUUGUCAACGUCUCAGCGCCUGCGUGACGCCGAGGAGCUCGCGGAGAAGCACGCCAACGAGGCGCGCACGCACCGCCAGGCCGUUUUGAACGGCCUGGAUGCAAUCAAUGCAAGGAGCAUCGGCACGCCCAACAAGGCCGAUGGCGAGCGGUUGGUGGCACUGCAGGCCCAACUGGUGACGGCGAACGCCCUGGUCAAGAAGCACCAGCAGGAUGCCGACACGGCCGCCGAGCGCCUGCGCAGCGCCGAAGAGCGCAUUGCGGGUCUGGAGGCGUACCAGGAGCAGUCCAGCCGCGAGGGUGUCACUAUCCGUAGACAACUGCAGGCUGCGAUGCGCGACACCCAGACGCUGCAGGCGCAGAACACGGAUCUGAAGAACCAGCUCUCCAACCAGCAGCUCGAGACGAACGCCGUGAUGGUGCAGCACAACACGCUCAAGGACAUUCUAAGUGAGCGUGGUAUCAGCCCGACUAGCUCGCCCCGUACGCGCGGCAGCCCCGGUGAGAUGUCACCAGAGCACGAAACACGCAUUCGCAGCCUAGAGCAGCAGCUGGCAUCCGCUGUUGCCUCGCACGAGGAGACCAAGCAGACGUUUGCGGUACAAGCGUCAGACUCGGAAGCGGUCUACCGCGACAAACUGACGCAGCUCGAGAACGACUAUCAGUCAGCAGUGCACUACGUCAAGGGAACGGAGAAGAUGUUGAAGCAGCUUAAGGAGCAGCUGGCACGGUACAAGACAGAGAAUAGCCGGCUGAAGACGGAGGUGGAGGAACUCGAGACGAAGACCGCCGGCACGCGAAACCUGGCCGUAUCGGCACCGCCCGAAUGGGAGGCCGAGCGCGGCCACCUAUCGCAGAAGGUGGAGGCGCUCCAAGGCGACCUGGCUUCGUCGAAAGCGCAGCUCGAGGCGCAACUGCAGAGCGUGCAGCAGGAGCUCGAGCAGGUCAAGAGCGAGCGCGAAGCGGCGCAAAAGUCCAAGGACGAGGCGAUGACGCACCUGACGUCGUCGCGCCGUGACCUGGAGCAGCUCCAUCAAGAGAAUGCGCUGCUGGAGCAGCGGGCACAGGAGGCCGAACAGAAAGUCGGGCUGCUGCUCGACCAGGUGGAGUCGUCGGUCGGCAACUACCGGCGCCGCAGCCGGCAGGUGGCCAGCAUCAACGCGGAGCAGCUGCGCGAAGCAGCAACCAGCGGGCCGAAUGCAGCAGCGAUCCCUACGACGAACGGCCACAACGGUGGCAUCGGCAACCACGCAACGAUACCGGCGCUCAAAAUCGGGGGCAGCGGUCUCGGCCAUGAGCGGCAGGACAGCUCGGAGACGGGCAGCGCGUACGGCGAGAGCGUUGGCGGCGACGCGCGCAACAGUGCCGCCCUCGACAGCCUGGCCAACGAGCUGGAGACGCUACGCAGCCACUGGGAAGCGACGAACAAGAACUACCGCCUGAGCAAUGCCUUUGACUUUGAGAGCACGCCGGGUGCUGGUGCUGGAGCUGCGCCGCCGUCACUGUCAACGGGCCUGCGCAAGGACAACAAGGACGAAGGCGGCCUGGGCCUGAGCGAGAGCUUGGCGGACUGGCGCAAGCGUCUUGACAGCUAG